CAGAGGUUUUAAUGUCACCUUGGAGAUAGAUUUUUUUUUACUGGUGUGUGUAUGUAGCAACCUUGGGUGUGUGUUUCCCAGAGUGGAGACUGGAGUGUGCUUGUGGCGUGGGUGUUGCGUGUUGUGAGUGUGAGUUUGUAACUGCUGUUAGUGAUGUUGCAGCGGGGCGUCCGGAUCUUGUGUAGCAGGACUUCACAGCGGCAGAAAGCUCUUUCAUCAUUUUUUGGAAGCAAGAGCAAUUUUGCAACUAAAGCAGACUUUGAAACAAAGCCAUUUCGUCUACACAAACUCGAUUCUGGCCCAACUACAAAAGUUAGUGUGACACGUGAUGAAGCACUUACGUUGUAUAAGCAUAUGCACGUUAUCCGUCGUAUGGAAUCGGCUGCAGGCAAUUUAUACAAGGAAAAAAUUGUACGCGGAUUUUGUCACUUGUAUUCUGGUCAGGAGGCAGUUGCAGUGGGAAUGAAAGCUGCUCUCAGGCCACAGGACAGUGUAAUCACUGCCUACAGAGCUCAUGGUUGGACUUACCUGAUGGGAAUUCCACCAUCAGCCGUUCUGUCAGAGCUUACGGGGAGGAAGUCAGGCUGUGCAAGAGGAAAAGGAGGAUCUAUGCACAUGUAUGCCGAUAACUUCUAUGGUGGAAAUGGAAUUGUUGGAGCUCAAGUUCCCUUAGGCGUUGGAAUUGCUUUUGCACACAAAUACCAGGGCUCAGAUGCCGUGUGUGUUGCUCUGUAUGGUGAUGGAGCUGCCAAUCAAGGACAGAUCUUUGAGGUUUACAAUAUGGCCAAACUCCUGAAUAUACCUUGUAUAUUUGUUUGUGAGAAUAAUGGCUAUGGAAUGGGAACAAGUGUAGAACGAGCAUCUGCAAGUACAGCAUAUUAUACAAGAGGAGACUACAUUCCAGGAUUAUGGGUAGAUGGAAUGGAUGUUUUGGCAACAAGAGAAGCUACUCGUUUUGCAAUUGCACACUGUCUCAGUGGUAAGGGACCAAUUGUCUUAGAAGCUGCCACAUAUAGAUACAGUGGUCAUUCAAUGUCUGAUCCUGGAACUAGUUAUCGAACAAGAGAAGAAAUACAAGAAGUAAGACAAACAAGAGAUCCUAUAACAUCCUUCAAAGAAAAAAUAAUUAAUGCAGAGCUGGCUACUUCAGAAGAAUUGAAGAAACUGGAGAGUGAAAUAAGAACAGAAAUUGAUGAUGCAGUUAAGUUAGCAAAGUCUGAAAAGGAAUGUAACUUGGAAGAACUGACAGCAGACAUUUAUGCUAGUUCACAGGAGAUUUCAGUCAGAGGUACUCUGCCAUGGAACAGUUUGAAAUAUAAGAAUAUAGGGAAACCAAAAAAUUUGUGAGGUUGAAGUAUUUGUCACUUGUUGGUGUAGUGAACUCUAAUGUGAUCUGUACAUAUAUUUAAUGUGCUGUAAAGUGAUCCAAGCAGUUUUAAAAUUCUGUUGUGUGGUAUUAUAAUUGUUAUAUUUAUCACAAAUAAUUCACAGUUUUAUUGUUGCAUUAUAAUCAUUGUUGCCACUGUUUACGUAAGGACAGUUGUUGCGCUCAGAUAAAAAAUUUUGUAAGUUUCUUUUAUGAGGAAGUAUUAGUUUCAUAAAUAGUGUAUAGAAUAGGAGUAGGGAGUAGAUAUUCAUAAAUUGUCCAUUCAUUCACUGCCAGUUGCACCAAACCUGAGAAAUGGUCAUUGUGACAAUUUAAUUCACUUUCUUGGAUAAAAACUCCAAAAGCUGCCAUUGUUUAAACGUUAAUGAUAUUUGUUCUCCAAAAAUUUCCUGUAGGGAGGAUAUAUAUUUUGUAAUUGUGACUGUGGCAGGUGGUAGAUGAUGGACAUACAAAUUCCAUGUUGUGACUGUUAUGUUACCAUAAACUGUGCAUUUAAACUCAAUUCUCAUGAUGAUUUGUGAAAAAAUUGUAUUGCUUAGCAAAGAUUCUAGCAUUUAUAUUUAGAUAGCCAUAGUUGAACUUUUUUUCUUCCAAGUUUAUUUAGUUGAUACUGAUCACUCAUUUAAUGUUAUGAAGCUUUUUAUACAUUUAACUACUGCAUUUAACAACAUUUGCCAUCUGUGUAUGUGGAAAUGUAACAAUCCUGCUUAUUUGACCUGCUAAUGUGUGGCUUUUAAUUCAUUGAACAAAAACAGAUUAUUACUAAGUUUAUUAUUGCCAAAUUUUCAGGUCGCAGAGAUUUUUAGUAACUAAAUGUAUCAUAAUAUUAUUUCAUGUUUGAUACAAAAUGUUGGGUACUUAUGUUACUUUUGAAUUAGUAAGUCAAAAGUGAGGUUAUUGGUCAUAGAUUCCACUGUAAAAGUGUUGUUCUUAUGAGAAGACAGACUAUAAUACACACACACACACACACACACACACACACAGUAGUUUCAGUACAUCAGGGACUAAGCCCACGCCCCUCACAAUUUUUUUUCUCUCUCUCUCUCUCUCUCUCUCUCUCUCUC